UCCGCUGUUCAGAACUCCAUUUUAGUGGCUGUGUACUCCACAGACUGUUCUCUCUCUCUCUCUCUCUCUCGUCAAGCUCUCAUCAAUGGCAGAAGAUGAAGAUUACAUGGGCGAUCUCUCUCACUUUCUACCCACCGAAACCUCUCUCCCUCCCAAAACUUCUGCUAGAAAGGUUUCUAGCAGUAAGAGCUUAAUAUCACAAUCUUCAAACAAGAAACCCAAAACUGUAAACUGGCAAGAAGAAAGAAAACUCAAGAGAGAGAAUAAGCAAAUUGAAGAGGACCAACUAACCCUAGAAAACCUAGAAUCAGCUAUUCCACAAUCCAAUAUUGGGUUCAAGAUGCUGAAGCAGAUGGGUUAUACUCCUGGAUUGGCUCUGGGGAAAGAGGGUGCAGGCCGAAUAGAGCCGGUGGGGAUUGAUAUAAGGCGGGGCCGAGCUGGGAUAGGGAGGGAGGACCCGAGGAAGGAGAAGAUGAGGAGAGAGGUAGAGAAUGUUGAGAAAAAUAGAUGGAAGGAGGAGGAGAUGAUGGCGGAUUUUGGGUGUCGGCAAAAAGAACGGUGGAAGGGCAGAAGAAUUGUUGUAAAUUUUCGGAAGGCAGAGGCAGCGUUGGCACAGUUGGAGAAUAGGGAGGUUGUGGAGGCAGAGAAGAACGAGGAGGAUGGUGAAAAGGAAGAGGAGGAAGAAGAGGAAGAAAUUACAGAGGAGGAUUUGCAAGCUACAUUGAUGAAGCUGAGAGAUGAAUAUCACUACUGUCUCUUCUGUGGAUGUCAGUAUGAAUCAAUGGAUUUACUCUUAUCCAACUGCCCGGGAACAAAUGAAGAUGACCACUAGGUUCGACUUAAUGCAAAAGUCCCAAAUGCUUUUAUUGGUUCAAGAACAAUAACUUGCGGAAGGAACUAAAACUAAUCAUCCGAUGGGUUUUGUGGAACAUUCUUGCAUACCCCUUUCACAUAUCAAAAUGGGCAAUGCCUCUUUGGCGAGAAUACAAGUGAGGAGCUGGAGGACAAAUUCUUUCAAAUGCAAUCAGAUCAAGGUUGCUUCUAAAGUGGGCAUGAGCACAAAUCUGAGUAGUUUCCCAUGUUUGGUAUCAGAGAACAUAUGUUGUGAAGUUACAUUGCUCUAAACUCGGCACCACAAGUUACUAGGACUUGAUGUGAGCUCAAGCAGGCAUUGCUCGAUUGUUUCACAUCGCUUAACUAUAAUUGGAACUGCAUUGGUGAGGUUCCAGUGUUGUAUCUCAGUGUUAUAACUUUCUUAUGCUGGUUGGUGUAAAUUAAACAUUGAUAACCUCACGGAAAAGGCAGCAGGUUUUUGGAUCUUGCAAAAACUUGUUAGAAGGGCUUGCAUUCCUUGUAAUACAUGGCAUGUUCAAAUUUGAUCGCUUGAUG